AUGCUAAUGUGGAUGCCCAGCAAAAUGCCCAAAAGGAAACUGAAAGUAGCUCAAACAAUCGGGUAAUAUAUAACAUAUACAAUGCUGCAUCUCACGAGCAUAUUGCAGAAGCAGAGGAGUCUAUUUUAGUUGCAGCGCCUAUACAAAUGGUAUACAUGCCUGAUUCAAAUCAGGAAAUAGUUGUAACUGAAUCACAUGAUGAAUAGCCAGACCAUCUUCUUCCAAGCGUGAACACACUGCAAAACAUUGUAUUACAAAAACAAGUUGAAGCUGAAGUAACACCCAUGCCAGCUGUUAGGCAUAGACGCCCAGGUCCAUUCAACAUAUCUCCGUACAUGACUUCGUUUGGUUCGGAUGCUGGUAGUUCGUCCCGACAGCCAGUUGUGUUUUACAUGAAACAUCCAUUUGUUUCAUUGUCUGAUAAGGAAGAGUCUGAUUUGUUUUCAAAUUUUUGGAUAUGGCUGAAAGAAGACUUACUCGUCAAGCAUUACAAAAAGAACUAUGCGGAGGAUCGCUACAAGAAAGGAAAGGCAAUAUUACCACAAUUGUUUAAUUUUGGUGUAGCGACAAUUGACAACAAGAAUUGGUUCUACAAUAUCGGGUUUGAGCGCCAGUUGAUUGAUAACUCGCACAUAGAUGUCUUAUUCUACUAUAUAAGGAAAAAGGCCAAAUACUCCAACAGUAGCACAUACAAAUUCACAAAUCUAUGUUGCAAUUUCAACACUGUUUUUCUAAAUGCUUGGAAUGCAUAUUAUGGAAUAAAAGGUGACCUUUCUAAGGAAGUGUUAGACGAGAUGAUUAUUGAUUAUAUUAAUGGAUACAAGAUGCUAGCGUAUGCACCAUGGCACACAGUCGAUGAUGUAUUCAUCCCGGUUAACUUAGAAGGCAGGUUACAUUGGAUUCUGAUUGUCAUAUCUUUCAAUGAUCGAUGCAUCAAGGUGUAUGACUCAAUCAACAAUUCUCUUCACCACUCAUUUGUUGUCAAUCACAUCAAGAAGUAUGCACAGCUUAUACCAAUGUAUCUUGUAAAGUCUGAUUUCUAUCAAAAGAAAGGUCUGGAUAUUGCAAGCCACCAUCGAUAUCAAGGUCAUACCGUAUAUGAUUCAUUCGAAAUUGUAUAUGUGGAAGACCUUCCCCAACAACCAGCUGCUAGUUUGGACUGUGGAGUGUAUGUUGCGUCAUACGCGGAGUUCUUGAGUGAGAGGAAAGACAUUCCAACAGUCUUAGACCCAGAAGAAAUUCGCCUUAGAUACGGUGCAUUGUUGUGGAAUUACGGCAAUCAAAAGAUACAAGCCGGAGCUGUCAGUGAUAUUGAAGCGCCUUUAAAACCCGUCAGGAAUCGCACACAAAACAACAGUUCUGAAAGGAUUACAAUCCAGUAGGUUGAUACCUUAGUUGUAGCAUUGUUUUGAUUUUUGCGUUGACAGUUAAUAUUAGUUGUAGAUUAACAAUUUCACGAUAAUUUUUUUUUAAUUAAUUCGUAAUAUCAUUUUCUUUGUUUUGAACUA